GUCCAAAUCGCACUCACAAAGGGACGGGGACGGGAGAAGCCGAGGAAGAAGCCCUAAACCAGCAGAACAAGGGAAGGGAAGAGGAAAUCACCAUGUCCGAGCACAUCGACCUCAACACCGCCGCCGACCCCCAAACCCUAGCCCCUCCCAAGCGCGGCCGCGGCCGUCCCCGCAAGAACCCUCCGCCUCCGCCUCCGCCUCCGCCUCGGCCUCCUCCCACCACAUCAUCUCCCACCACGGAUCCAUCCCCCUUCGCCCCCAAAGACAUGGUCUGGGGCAAGAAGCUCACCCACCCGGCCUGGCCAGGCGAGGUCCUCUCCGUCGCCGCCGCCGGCACCCAGCUCCUCGUUUCCUUUUUCGGCGACAAGGCCCUAGCCUGGUGCGACGCUGCAGAGGUCCGCCCCUACCAGGCCUACUUCCCCGUCGGGGAGCUCUACGAUGGUGAGGCCGAAGAUUUCGACGCCGCCGUCGACGCCUCCCUCCAUGAGUUCUCCCGCCGCGUCCAGGCCGCCCUCACCGCCGCCGACUCCCCCACCUCCGUCAGGCGCCCCUUUGUCCCGCCCGAUUUCAUCUCCUCGCUCAAGGAUUUGGCCGCCGAUCGCUCCAGCUUCAGCAACCGGGUACAGGCUGCCAUCACCGAGGCGCAUCUCCGAGCCUUUGAUAAGUUCAGGGGUUUUCCUGACCCCCCUGAGUUCGUCCUGGAGCUCGGCAUACCCAACGAAGAAGCUUUGGCUACUCAUUCCCCCAUGGAUGGGGUUAGCAAGGGUGCAAGAGAGGGUAACUGCAACUCGUCCACCCCGCCCAGGCGCGGUAGGAAGAGGAAGGAGGAGGUCCAGCAGCAGGACUCCGAUGAGGACUGGGACCCACGCAAGAAGGGUGCCACCGACUCUGACACCGAUGUAGAUAUGGAGCGCAAGAGGGCCUCAAGGGGCAGGGGCAGCAGUGGCGCACCGCGGGGGAGGCCGCGAGGGAGGCCUAGGAAAACAGAUGCUGUAAGGGCUCCGCAGGUGAAGGAUGAAGAGAUGGAAGAGAAAAUAGAGUAUCCAUCGGCCGCUGAAUUGUUGCUGCAGCUUACAUCGGUUGCCGCUGAUCCAUUCAACUUCAACGGUUAUGACUCGGUGCACCUGAUUUUUAGCUUCUUUUCAAAGCACAAGGACUCAGAAGUGCCGACUUCUUGUGAUGAUAAAGAGCUGUUGCAGGCAUUGGGUGGCAAGAAGGGUAGGAAAAAGUCCGUUGGAAGUUUUACCAAGGCAGAGUGUGACAUUGAGGAAGAGCAGUUGGAUGUGGCGGAUGGCCAGAGGGGCAGGAGGAAGUCCGCAGGCAGUAUCUACUCAGCUAGAAAGGCGGAAGAUUCAUACUGGUGUGACAUUAUCAUCAGUGAUUUUGAUGAUGGAGACACAUCAAGUGAUUAUGAAGGCCGCAAAAGGAAGCGUGUGUCUCAGAAUAGGAGUGGCAUUAAGAAGAUGAAGGAAGAGGUGGUUCCACAGGACGAGGCUGCUGCAGAUUCUCCAGAUGCAAAAUUGGCAGAUGGUGAAGUUAAAUAACUUAGGCUCCUCGGAUCCCUUAGAGGGAAAUGCAAUAUGAAGACUGGAGCAAUGGAACAUAAGUUUGUGUCAUCGACUUAGAUCUAGGAGACUCACUGCCCAGGCCAUGUGAGUUAUUGGGCUGGUCAGUUGGGUGAGAAAAGUUUUAGGUUCUCUCUAGUUUCAUGCAUUCAGAGUACUGCUUGUGUACUUGGGGCCAGAGCCUCAGAGGUAGUUUAAAUUAAUGUAAUAGAUGGUAGAUGAUCUCCGCCUGAUGCCUCUCCUUGUUGUCUUUUAUCGACUUAUCGCUUUGUAUUGUCUAGAAAUCAUUGCACAGUUGUGGAUCUUUAUGAUAUGUUGUUCUCUUAGCUUGUAUUUCUAAUUUUAGGCCCUAGUCCACUUCAA